UCCGUAUGUCGUCAUUUCCUAUGCAGCACGAGCAGCAGAGGAAUGCCGCCAACGCCACCAGGAGCGCACCGACCGGAACCGCGAUGCCGAUCACGGCCAGUCGCCAGCAGCAGACAGCAGCGCUACAUCGGAACCCCGCUCACGCUGCGGCCUCCAGCGCUGCGGCAGCAACACUGUGGGCACCGGCAACGGGCCAGGCCAUGCAGCGCCAGGACAUGGGCGGCCCCUUCCAACCGUGCGCCUUCGCGGCCUCCCACGAGAUGACAGGCACCGCCGUUCCCUGUCCCUACACGACGCAGGUUUGCUGCACGGGCGCGGGUGCGCAACCCUACAGCGCGUUGCUCGGCGCCUCCGCGGGCCACGGAGGCGGCACCAUCUUGCUGGGCACGCCAACACUCUUCCCUGAGAGCGGAACCAUCGGCUCGAACCAACCACGUAGCGGACCUCCUGUUGAGCGGUACCAACCUCGGCCCAUGGUGCAGCAGCAGCAGCAGCAGCAGCAAGCCGUACAGCAACAGCAACACACAGUUGGACAGCAGCCGCAGCUUUCUCAGCUGAACCUGACCGGCUGGCAGCAGUCAUCGUGGGGCGGCCCCUUCGGUCCGGACGUCGACCUCGCCAUGCAGAUGAUGAUUGGCCGUUCGGCAGCUCAACCACAGCAGCAGCACGCAUCGACGCCAACAUACUCGGCUGCAACCGGAAACGCACAGCACUUUCGACGUCCGACGUAGCAGCAUAUCCGAAAAGGGGCCGCCGCAGUACAUUCCAGGCAUCUAUGGCACAGCUGCGGAGGUUGUAAGCGAUGUGUUCUAGGGAUGUCCCACAGUUCCAACGCAGUGUUUACUGUUCCAUCUGCCGAUUGUUAAUGCGGGCGGCGAUGUGCUGGAAAUAAAGCCCAGAAAAGGC